AGCGGAGAGAAUAUAAUAUUUCAGGUUAAGGCCAUCCAAGCUCUGGACGCUUAAAAAAAUCUAAAUCCUGCCUUGACCCUCGUUCAAUGCGAACUCAUUCUCAAGUUAUUCGGACUGUAUGUAGUUGCAUUCUCAUGGAUGUGACUGUCAUAUGAAUUACAAACUAAAAUGGCGAAUACAGACUGAAGGAACGCAAUGUGACCUUACAGCAGUCGGCAUUUGUGCGCUAAGCAUGACAUGCAUGGCUUAGCCAGUAUUGAAUUGCGGUGGGUUAGUCAGUGCAGUAAUUUUACAGCAUCGUAAGGUUUUUUGUUUGGGCCGAUCGGGGGCUCCUGAGUGGUCUGGAUGCGUGUUACCUGUUUGCGUGUGAAUGUCUGCCUCUGGGAGUCUCCUAAGAAUACGAGAAUGCACAUCUGUUUCCGCAGUGAAAUUCCAGGCCACUUCCUGCGUGAAAGUGCGGAUGGAUUGAUUUCUUUCUUCGCGCAGGAACAGGACCCACUGCGUCUUCUGUCAAACAGAUAAAUCAUCGUGGGAAGUCACUGUGCUUCCAGACGGACGAAGGUCUCCGUGGCGCUCGAUCCUCCGGAGAAAAAAACUGCCAAACUUCAAACUAAGUUUUCCAUAUUUUCUAUUGGUGUGUCUGUGUGUUUAACGCUGUAAUGACCCGACCAAGCCCUGUGGAUGGAGAAAGAUUGUGCUUUAGGGGUUUGUAUUCAGGCUUAGUUUAACUUUUUAAACAGUCUUGUUCUCCGUUACUUUUUUCUGUAAUCCGUAAAACUAUUGAAAACACUGUAUUUUAUGCCAUCCAGACUAAUGUGUGUUUGGCACGACCAAAAAUAUGGCCCCAUAUAUUUCAACUACAUUCUGCGACACAUGAAUUUUUAUCAAUUUGACUAAUUUAUUUUUAUAUAAAAAGUGAAUUGAACUCGAUGGGUUGUAGACGACCCUGCUAAAAAUGUUGAGUUGUAUUUUCCUCAGAGUGUCUGUUGAUCCAGAUUACAUCUGCUAGAGUCAUUUCCCCACAUGUGGUAAAAAUCGCAUAAACUUGAUCUAUUGGUUGAGGGGGAGUCUGGCUAUGAUUGCAUUACCAUACAGCCCAUGCUCGACUCUUCGAAAUUGUGGCUUCCUGGGGAAUUUAACAAUUUGCAUUUUAAGUGUAUUUUUUAAAUUAGUUUAUUACUGUGCUGUAUUGAGGAAAUAAGAUAUUUUGAAAUCUUUUUACAUUCUCAGCUUUUCGCUUUUAGUACCAGAGGAAGUUGACAUCUGUAGUUUUUCUUAGUGCGUUUCAGUGCUUACUGUUAGCGCUUUAAACAUGUGCUCCUCAAAUGCUUUAGUUAAAAAAACAACGAAAGAGUAAAAAGCAACCAUUUUUUUUAAACUGCAUUGGUGAAUCUCCGCUUGUUGUCACUGGAUUUGUUUGCACAAGUGCAGAGUAAUUUGCGUACCAUUUCACGCCACUGGUGUGCAAUUCUUUUCUGCUGUCAAAAACCAGCUUUGUAAAUAAGAGGACUGUUUUCCUCGAAGACUUAAUGGAAGUCCUUCCCCACCCCUCCCCCCACAUUAAGCAAGCACCAUUUUUUUUUACUCGAGCUACAUGGAUUGUUUUACAUCCAAUACAAUCUACGGAUAUGUCACGUGUCACCAGCAGGGGGUGCUCAAGGAUGGGGCUGCUUUGCUGCUCUCCCUCACUGGUGAAGACGAUGCUUGCAGUGGCUUCCUUGAUCCUGCUGGCGAAGCUCGGCGAGGGCCGGUCGGACGCGUCCCGUGGCGUGGCGGUCCCUUUCGUCUUUGACCCCAAAGCCACGUGUCAGCCAGCUUGCAAACAUGCGGGCAUCUGUAUCCGAAACAACACCUGCUUCUGCUCCAAGGGCUACGAGGGAGAACUCUGCCAGUAUGCUGCCUGUGACCCCAAAUGUAAGAAUGGGGGGGAAUGCCUUCGUCCCGGGAAAUGCAGAUGUCCUCCGGGAUUUGGGGGGAAAUACUGUCAUCAAGUGGUGUGCGACGGAGGAUGCUGGAAUGGGGGGGAGUGCAUCGCGGAGAACAGGGUGGUGAAAUGCCUCUGUCCCUCCAGCUGGACGGGUUCCAGAUGCGAAGAAGCGAUAUGUCCCCAGGGGUGCCAGAACGGGGGCAGCUGUGUGGCCCCAGGCAUCUGUAGCUGCCCCGAAGGCUGGCUUGGAGGUGCCUGCCAUGUUGCUGUGUGUAAACGGCCGUGCGUAAACGGCGGGAAGUGCAUCUCCCCGAACGUGUGCCGUUGCCGCAUCCCUUUCUCUGGGCCGCAGUGUGAAGUGAGGAAGAUGUUUUAACUCUGGAACCGUGCAAGAGCAAGGAGACAACGCUGACCUAUAUCAUAUAUCCCUGUGUAAACCUGUUAAAUCAUGGUGCUUCAGAGGAAUCCUUGAAUUUGUAAUUUUUAUUUUUUUUUGAAACACUGAAAUAAACAUAAAUAAAUGUUAGAGACGAACCUGUGAGGAUUGAACAGAAAAUGGAAAUUCUCUCGAAUGAUUGUUUCAUCAUACUGUCAAUACCAAAUUAAAUCUAUUUAC